AUUCUCACACCCAUUUUUACUAAUCAAGCGCCAUCUGUUCCCUCUGGUAAUAGCGGUUUCAUUUAUCCUCCUCCAUUUCUCAGUCACUUGCAUGCAACUUGUAAUAAUUCAACCAAAAAAACAAACUUCUUCUUCUUCAACCUUUCGUUUUGAUAAAAAAACACCAGCUUUAAUGGCUGCCUUAUCAAUAGGGACCCACUUGUCUCCAUUACACCAAUUCAAGAAACACUCUCCCUCUUUCACUUCUGUGUCCUCUCUUCACUCCUUUCCUAGCUUUGCUACAAUUAGAAGUUCAAGAUUGCAUCUUCGUAAUGGGGUACUUGCUAGAGCUGAAGACAAGGCAGGAGACUCUUCUUCUUCUUCUCCUCAACAACAACCCGACAAUCAAAAGCAGCUCCAGGACCUGACAUCGACAUCUCAAUCAUGUGAUCCUUUAUGUUCACUUGACGAAACAAGCUCAAGUGAAUUUGAAGCCACAUACCAGCCAAAAACUGAUUUGCUGAAAGCUCUUGCAGUUUUUGCAGCAGCUGCCACAGGGGCAGUGGCUAUUAAUCACUCAUGGGUUGCUGCCAAUCAGGAUCUUGCCAUGGCAUUGUUAUUUGUAAUAGGUUAUGCAGGCAUCAUUUUUGAAGAGUCUCUCGCUUUCAAUAAAAGUGGAGUUGGAUUAUUGAUGGCUGUGAGUUUAUGGGUUGUGCGAACCAUUGGAGCUCCUUCAACUGAAAUAGCUGUUUCGGAGUUGUCACAUGCAUCUGCAGAAGUCAGUGAAAUAGUUUUUUUUUUGCUUGGUGCAAUGACCAUUGUAGAAAUAGUUGAUGCACAUCAAGGAUUUAAGCUGGUUACUGACAAUAUAACUACACGAAAGCCUCGGACACUGCUUUGGGUGGUUGGUUUUGUGACUUUUUUCCUUAGCUCAAUCCUUGACAACCUGACAUCAACUAUUGUAAUGGUUUCUCUGUUGAGAAAACUAGUACCUCCCUCGGACUACCGCAAGCUUCUUGGAGCUGUUGUUGUAAUAGCAGCAAAUGCUGGAGGUGCAUGGACUCCAAUUGGUGAUGUUACCACUACAAUGCUAUGGAUACAUGGUCAGAUAUCCACAUUGCCAACAAUGAAGAGCUUGUUUCUACCUUCAGCUAUUUCUCUGGCUGUUCCGCUGGCUCUUUUGUCGCUGACUAGCGAAGUGAAUGGGACAGGACAGGACUCUCCUAAUGUUUUGGCAUCAGAACAGAUGGCUCCUAGAGGACAGCUCGUUUUCUCCGUGGGUAUUGGGGCUCUGAUUUUUGUUCCUGUGUUUAAGGCACUGACUGGUUUGCCUCCUUACAUGGGCAUGCUGCUUGGUCUUGGAGUUCUUUGGAUUCUGACCGAUGCUAUUCAUUAUGGUGAAUCAGAAAGGCAAAAGUUGAAAGUACCACAGGCUUUAUCACGGAUUGACACGCAAGGAGCCCUUUUCUUCCUUGGAAUCCUUUUGUCCGUGAGCAGCCUGGAGGCAGCAGGUCUUCUCCGUGAAAUUGCAAAUUUCCUUGAUGCUAAAAUUCCUAACACUGACCUGAUUGCAAGUGCAAUAGGGGUUGUAUCAGCAAUAAUAGACAAUGUUCCCUUAGUUGCAGCAGCAAUGGGGAUGUACGAUCUCACCUCUUUCCCACAAGAUUCUGAUUUCUGGCAGCUGAUAGCAUUUUGUGCUGGUACUGGUGGGUCCAUGCUUAUUAUCGGCUCUGCUGCUGGAGUCGCAUUCAUGGGGAUGGAAAAGGUGGACUUCUUUUGGUAUUUGCGGAAGGUAAGUGGUUUCGCUUUUGCAGGUUAUGCUGCUGGUAUUGCCACCUAUUUUGCGCUUAAUAGCCUUCACAUCUCCCUUCCCACGACUCUUGCUCAAUCUACUUUCCUUCCUGGUUCUUAAAUUAUUUUACUGCUCAGAUUUGGGAAACAAACAAGGCAGUGUGUUUCUGAUAAUGUGGCUUCACAUUAGAUGAACUGAGUGGAGAAUGCAACUGAAAGCCUAAUCUGGAGAAAUAUUGUUACUUGAACGAACAAAAGAAAAGUCUUAGAUUUAAUAAAAUUGUGAUUGAUCAGAUGUAAUGCCCUCGAAGAUUCACAAAUGAGAAGCGGAUCCACUGUUCACUUUACCCAGCAGCAAGAAAUUUGACCGGAAAAUUGAUAUUUUAUGAUUACAUUUUGAUAUUUCUGGUCUAAGAUAUUUUCCAUUAUUAAGAUUUUGAAAUGAGAGCGUCUUCUCUUCUACCGGUUGGGAUUAAUCUUCAGCCGGUCAAUCAAG